ACCCUAGCUAUACCAGAAGUAAAAUGGCUUCCACAAGAUUUGUUAAUUGUUUGUUUAUAUUCUUAAUUUUAUAUUAUGCUUCAGUGGAGAUUGAGGCAGCAAUACAAAAGAAACCUGUCCUCAAGGAGGAAACAGAUGAUGAUGAAGAUUACAAUGAAAACUAUCCAUGGGAACCUCCACCUCACACAAAUGACCUGCUAAACAGACAGGAAAACAUUAAUAUGUUGCAAUAUAGCCAGCCAAAAGGCUACCAAUGCUACUCUUGUGAUCCCCCAAACUGUGACCAUCCUAGUGUGUGCCAUAAUGCAGUCCAGUGUUGGAAGUCUCGAGUUAGAGAAAGUUCUGGUGACGAAAGUAUUUCAAGAGGCUGCACCACCAAAUCUGAGCAGUUAAUUUUUAUGUGUAAAACCCCUUCUUUUACUGCUCAACAUAAAAGGCAUGCUAGUGGACAGUAUAGAGUUGAAUGUUGUGAAGGUAAUUUUUGCAACAACGGAACAUUUCCCGAUCUCCCUCCGGCUUUUAAGGAGACAUAUAAUCCUUACUCCGAGUCGGUGAUGUUUGUCCUUAAAAUGGUUGCAGCAAUAUUGGGUCCGGUAGUGAUUUUAGGGUCACUAGGAAUGCUUGUUUUGUAUCUUUUAAGGCGGAUGCACAGGAAUAGACUGUGUAAUGAGAGUCGAAUGGAUCCAGAACAGUAUUACGCGGCCGACGAACAACUGCUGAGGGCCACGGCAGCCGGCGACAGCACAUUAAGAGAAUACUUGGAACAAUCGAUGACGUCCGGCAGUGGCUCGGGGUUGCCGUUGCUCAUUCAGCGCACUAUGGCGAAGCAAAUCUCUUUGGUGGAGUGUAUCGGAAAGGGCCGAUACGGCGAAGUGUGGAGAGGCGUUUGGCAUGGGGAAAGUGUCGCCGUCAAAAUCUUUUUCUCUAGAGACGAGGCUAGUUGGAACAGAGAGACCGAAAUUUACAGUACAAUCCUGCUGAGGCAUGAGAACAUCCUCGGUUACAUUGGUUCCGAUAUGACGUCCAGGAACUCUUGCACCCAACUGUGGCUGAUAACUCACUAUCAUUCUUCGGGCAGUUUGUAUGAUUACUUGAACCACACCACUUUAAGCCAUGCUCAAAUGAUGAAAAUUUGCCUGUCGAUCGCUAAUGGGCUGGUGCAUUUGCAUACUGAGAUUUUUGGAACAGAGGGUAAACCGGCGAUAGCACACAGAGACAUAAAAACGAAAAACAUCCUGGUGAGGAACAACGGGACGUGUUGCAUAGCAGAUUUUGGACUUGCAGUGACUCAUUCGCAAACGACAGACAAACUUGACGUCGGUUCUAAUCCACGGGUGGGAACCAAGAGGUAUAUGGCCCCGGAGGUCCUAGACGAAACGAUUCGUAUGGACUAUUUCGACUCGUUCCGUCGCGCGGACAUUUACGCCUUCGGUCUCGUUUUGUGGGAAAUCUGCAGACGGGCGGUCAGCAACGGAAUCGUCGAGGACUACAAACCGCCGUUUUACGACGUGGUGCCCAGCGAUCCCAGUUUCGAGGACAUGCGCAAAGUGGUGUCCGUCGAUCAGCAAAGGCCCAACGUGCCCAACCGUUGGACCAGCGAUCAAGUUUUAAGCGGGAUGGCCAAAUUAAUGAAAGAGUGCUGGCAUCAGAACCCGAACGUACGACUGCCAGCCCUCAGGAUUAAGAAAACGUUGGCUAAAAUCGCCAAUUCCGAUAAUUUGAUCAUCUUAGAAGAGGAGGUGUGUGUGUGAAAGUGAGAGAUACGGCCUGAAAGUAAGUGAAGUUUAUGAGGUGAGUGUGAGUAGAGAGGGAAGUUGAAGUUGUAGAUUAAAAAAGGGGUUUCUUUAUUGGUAAAUUUACCAAAAUGGUAGACGAGAUUUACAUUUUAAUCCUAAAUUUACAUAAUACGUAUAUAUUUAUAGAAAUUUUUGUCUUUUUAAGUGACUUCAAGAGAAUUGUGAAAAAUUCCGAACUGAUCUUAAAAAUCAUUCUUAUCAGAAGUUUCGGUUUCGAUUGGACAUCAUCGACUUUUUUUUUAACCUUUUUAUUUAAUAUUUUGCCUCGAAAAUUAAUAGACUGAGGAGGAGUCCGACUCAUUUUUUGGAAAUUUCGCCAUAAAGAUUUCAAUUUUUAUUUUCAAAAAUAUUUUUUUUUUAGUUUUUUUUUAAAUAACUUUUUUCGAAAAUUUUUUCCACAACAAAGACAAAAAAUAAUUUUUCACUGUUGUAGAAUUGUUUAGGGAAAUAUUUAUAAAAACCAAUUUUUAAUUUUUUUUUCAAAAAGCAUUUUUUUGGAUUUUGAAAAAACUGUUUUUAUUUAAUUUGGAAUUUUUUGCUAAAUCUCUCUUUUUACGGUUCACUGUAGAGUUUGUUUUAAAAAAAAAUUUGGGAACUUUUUCGUAAUAAAUGAAAUAAAUGAGUUUUUUUUUCAUUAGAAUUAUAGGAAAAAAUCACAAUUUUUGAAAAAUUUUCCAAAUAAUUUUUCUAUACCUUUUCUCUCCCCACUUCUGGGAUCUAUUUUGGAAAUUUUGUCAAAAGGAAACAUUUUCAUUAAAUUUGUAUCUCGAAAAAACUGUUUUUUUAACAAUUCCUUUAAAUAAAUGAUGAAUGACUUAUUUGACGAUAUAUCGUAUAUCGCCGGUUAUAACCGGCACUCCAAAAAAAAAAAAACACCCCGCUAUUUUUGAUAUUCUUUUCGGAGAUUUUUUCAAAAAUGCAUUUUUUCUCAAUUAAUAUUUUUUCCUCAAUUUUGCAUUAAAGAAAAAAAAAAUUAUAUUCAUUUAAAGCAUUCUUCAAAAAAAAAAUCUUCAAAAAAAUAUGCAUAUGCAAGUUGCGUCAUAGAUAAAAAAUGAAAAAUAGGUAAAAACAACAAAGUAAAGUACAAAAAAUCUUAACCUAAUUAAAAUUUUAGUAAACAUAAUAAAAUGCAACUACUAUAAAUUAAUCAUAUUUAUGUACUUUUUUUAAAAACACUGUUAUAAAAAAACGAAGUGAAUUUUAAACACUACUUCCAUAUUUUACGAUUCAUUUUACACUGUUUAAGGAUUUAAUAAAAGGAAAGAUGUUAAAAAUUAAAUGCAGAAGAAAACAUGCAACAUUAAAAAAAGUUGCACCACCCCAUAUUAGGAGCCAUGGUAUCCUAAUAUGGGGUACCCAAUUUAAUAUGUAGAAACUAAAAAUAACCAAAAUAUGUUUGUUUUUUUUGUAUAAAAGUAUUAUUUAUUAAAAAAAAACUAAAAAAAUAAUACGUAUUAUUUAUUAAAGUAAAUACCUAAAAGUUACAUGCGACCAAAAAGUCAAAACAAAUCUAUUUUAUAACGCAAAAGUCACAAAUAUAGUGACUUCUUUCACAACCAGCACACUCAACGUGAGCCCACUUGAAGCAGCCUUAGCACUUCACCCAUUCCUCGCCUCUGACAUAUUCAGAAAAUGGACUUUCGCAAAACAUACAAAUAGCAUCUUCCUCAAAGUUUUCUACCUCGUCAUCUGAAUCUUGAUAAUCCGGUUAAGGAGCCGAGUAUGAAGAAGAAGAACAGCAGGAUACUGAUCUCCCAUUUUUUCGUUUUUGUUUAGCCACUGAUAAUUUUUUUUUUCUUUUGGAAAGGUUUAAUUUUUUCUGUUGAUUUGGUUUUAAAUAACCAAUUUUUCUUUUAGUGCCCGAAGUUGAAGGUAAUUUUCUUUUUUCCAUGCUGCUUUCCAAUUCUUCUUUGUAGGGCGUGCUAGUUAUAACCGCAGCUUUACCACUUCUUGUACUCUUUUUUUUAAUAAUAUCUUUAGAAGUAGUUGGAACAGGCAUUAAAUUUGCAGGAGUAACCUGUUUCACAGCAGUAAUCUGUCUCUCUGGGGCAAUCCGUCUCUCAGAGCUUUUUUCUUUUGGCUCGUUGUUAUCUAAUUCAUCCUCUAUUGUUUCUAUUCCUAUAUUUUCUUCCUGAACUGUUUUUGCUUCUACUAGUUCUUCACCAGACAUAUCCUGCGCUUCUGCCACAAAGUCAUGUUCUUUAAAUAUGUUUCUGUCAGGAGGGAACAUUCCAGUUUUUCUAAAGCCGUUGAUGGUGGUGUCCAUGGUGGCCGCUUUUAUGUAGGCUUUUCCAAAAAGUUCUCCUAUCUGAUAGCCUGUUACUAUACGUCCGGGAUUCAACCUUAGCCAGUUUGUAAUUUCCGUGUGUAGUACGUUUUAAACGGAGACAUAAAAGCAACGUCCAAUGGUUGCAUCCGAUGAGUUGAAUGUGGUGGAAGGCAUAUUAUGUGAACAUAAUUUUCUCGCGCCACAGUUAUGACCUCCAAAUUUUUUGUCUGGGAAUAAUGGCCGUCAAGUAUUAAAACCACUGGAUCAUCAGAGCUAGGCUUUGUCAGAUUAAUAAAAUGGCGAAGCCAUUCCACAAAUAUUUCUUGUCGGAUCCAGCCAGAUAUAUGGCACGCAUAUUUUGAUCCUGGAGGAGUGCCAUUCAUAAGCUCCAUUUUCAUGUUUAUUCGUGGGAAAAUUAUAAAGGGCGGUAUGUAUACUCCUGUUGCACUAAAACACAUAACUGUGGUUAACAAAGACCCACGCUCAGCGGAGGUAAUAGCACCGAUUUGUUUUUUUCCUUUUUUUUCCCACGACUUUAACGUGCUUAUGUUGCACUAUGGUGAGGCCAGUUUUAUCGCAGUUAAAAAUUCUGGCUGGAUUAUGAUUUAUUUUUUCAAGAACUGGCUCACACAAAUCAAAAAAUGCUGCAACAUUUUCUCUAGUGAAGGAUUUCAUUCGUGCAUAUGAUAUUCCUUGAGGAGUUCGUAAUGAUAAUUCUUUGUGCCUUGACAGAAAACUGGUAAACCAUUUCUUCCCAGCAGAUUCUUUGGCUACGCUAAAUGGAUUUUUUAUAUUAUUAGCUUUGCAUAAGCUAUAUGCCAAUCUGCACACAUCUUUUUGUGUAAUACCAAAAAAAUUUCUUUCCAUUUCUUGUGAAAAGACAAUUUUGCGUCCCAGAGAAGAAUUCACAAUAUCUUCAGGAUUGCCUUCCAUUUUUACGUACCUUUUCAAGGUUGUUUGGGGCACGUCGUGGGUUCUCGCACUCUUUUUGUAACCCAUCUGACCUUGUCUGACAGCUAAAAUUGCUGAAAUCAUUUGCUGCUUGUCCCAAACUUUCCUUUUUUUAGGCAUCUAAAAUAAAAUAUUUAUUAUUAAUCAAAAAGUAAAUAAUUAUAUCCUAAUAUGUGGUACCCCAAAUUAGGAGCAAAUUAGAUUUUUGGAAGGGGCAACUUUUUACAAAAAUUAAGAUGUUUUAUUAAAAAUCAUAUUCAUUUUCAUAAACUACGCAAAAUGUAAUAAAGGAUAGUAUUAUUAAAAGUUUUAAAACAUACCUUUCAAGUCGCUUAAAAUAUCCUGAUCUACAACCGGCAAAAAAACUUUAUUUUUCAAACAAACUUAUUUUAACCUUAAACGUCAAAACAAACUACGUCUUUGCUUCAAGAAGGGAAUAAGCGCUUCUGGCGCAUCUUCGUGAUUGGUACGUAAUGCAGAUAAUAGAUGUCGCAACUAGUUCUAGCUCAAAAUUGAACUACCCCAUAUUAGGGACUAUCCCCAUAUUAGGCGACUUUCCUUUACAGUUAAUAUAAGCACAAUGAAACCUAUCAAGCUGGGUACGAUUAUUUUUUUAUAUAGAAAAUAAAAGUGGUUUGGGCCACUCUGGCAUUUGGUUAUAUAAGAAAAAAUUAGGCUACUUAACUGCUUAAUUUUAAGCUUAUUUAUAUUAAUGGAGAUGUUUUUGAAUACAAAAAUAAAAGAAUUUUUGACACUGAACUUCUGAAUUAAUAGAUUUUUUGAUAAUUUUACUAGGUAACACAAAAAAUCACUUAAAUAUCCCUCACGCCAAAUAUUAUUUUCCGACAAUAUCUAUUAUUAAAAAUAUAGUUAAUAAAUAAUUUUUUUUAUGAUUUAAGUUUCCAAUUAUGAGAGUUUUCCUGUGGAGUAACAAUUUUACCAGGUAACACAAAAAAAUAAUUUUCAUUUAUCAGUCAUAAAUUAAUUAAUUUUAAUUUCAUCGAAAGGCUUAGGGGCCUCCCUACCUCUUUUGACAAUGUUUGCAAGAACCGCAUAUUUUUGAAUAAUUUUGUCAGAAUGAAAUGAAUUGUUUGACAAUUUUUCCAAGACAAAACAUAUGUAAUUUCCGAGUAUAUGUCUCUAAUCUUCCAAAAAAAUUCGGAUAAUUUUUAAAUUAUUUUUUUUCAACGCAAACAAAAAUUUUAGACAGUUUUUGAAAAAAAGACGAUGUUUCGAGAAAUUUUUGUAAAAAACAAACACAUUUCUUGACAUUUUUGCUAAAAAAAUUAAUUUUUUGAUCAUUUUCGGUAGUAUUUCCAAAAAAGAACGCGUUUUUUCCAGAUUUUUUUCUACUCGUCACUAAUUUAUAACACCCUGCAUGUUGCCACUGUUUAUAUUUGCAAAUCUCGUCUACUCUUCAGCCUCUCCCCCUUUCUACAGUGGGAUUUUUUUUCUCUUUUUAAGUGCAAAUACUGACGCAACAAAUUGAUCUUUAAUUUUAAGUGCCAUUCGUAGAGCCGCAUUUUUAUUCUAGAUUAGGAAAAUGUAUGUAUAUUUUAGGCAUAAAUUAUUAUUAUGUAAGUGUGAAUGUAAAGAAAUUAUUCGAUAUUUGUGACAACAACAAAAAAAACUGAACGCUACAGGGUGAUCACAAGCAGUGGCUUAUUAUGGUUUCCAUUUUAACACAAAUGUUUCGUCGUAUCUCUCAUUCAAGUAUAAUAGUAUAACUAGGAGUAUCUAGAAAAAGUGCUAGGAGGUAUUCGUUUUUUCUUGCGGAAAAAGAAAGAGACAAGUGAAAAUCUUGUUUUUUUAACGUUUUUUGCAUAAACAGGCUUUUCACCAAUUCCCUAAGUAAUAUUUGUGGUCUCCCUGUAGAACUUCAAUAUUUAUGUUAUUUUUUUAUAAAACCUAAUAAUAAAUAUUACGAUACUUCUAAAUGUUGUAAAAUCGUUUUAGAUGGACGUAUUUUACGAUUUAAUUGUUUUUACUUUAUUUUUUACGAGUGGGGUUUAACUGACAUAUCACGUUAAUUUGACGACAAGACGGUUAUUUUUAUUGUGUAUUUUAUUAUAGAUUAAAUAUAUUUUUAGGAAUCCUUGCUCAGUAAAUUGUGAUUGUAUCUUACGGUUGCAAUAAGUUUAACACGAAAAUGCGUCAAUCUAAAAUAAAUUGCUUUAAUUAGAAGAUCUAGAUCUAGAAUGUAAUUUAAUUAUUUUUUUUUUAACUGGAUAAUUGAUUCUAUGUGCCAAGCUAGUUAAUUUUAAGCCAUUUUUUUUUAAUUUAAUAAGAAGACAAUCAAUAAUUUUGUAUUUAUGUACUUGUGGGCCAUAUUUUGUUGUGGGGGUUGCAAACUAAACAAAGAUUAAUUGUCACAGAAUUUUUUCUUAUGGGACAUUUUGUAUUAUAUGUACAAAAAUAAAAAAGAUAUUGUUAUUUAAAAUGUUUUCUAAACAUUUUUAAGUCCCAGUUUAGGGGUUAAUAUCUGAUUUAUUUUUUCACGUCAUAGAAAUAUGAUACAAAUCAUGUUCUUUUUAUGACGUUUACCAUAGGGUGUCGUAAAAAAAUCGAAAUUCUAUUCAUAUCGGGGGAUUUUUUAAUAUUUUCCUGAUAUCAUUGCUCUUUUGCCAUUUAUCACCAACGUAGUUUUGCGACUUUUUGUUCCAAGUAAGAUAUUUUACUUAAAAAUCCGAUGUUUCGACUUUGGUUAUCAUCAGACGAAUGUCUUGUAUUAUUUAUGUCGUGCUCGAUACUAUUAACAUAAAUCUGUUUUUCUCUAAUGCACCAAGUACUAAAAUAAUUCUUAAAUUAUGAAUAAAUUAGUUAUUUUAGUGCAUUUAAUAAUGUGGUGUGCUAAAAAAUACAUCAUUUACAUCCUUAACAUUGUGUAAGAAGGGUAUAUCCGAAACUGUGUUUAGAUGCCAAAUUUUUCAUUUUUCCAAAAAUUUUAGAUAAUUUUUGGAAAAAGAUAAAUUUGUAUCUUUUUAAUAAAACAGCCUGUAUAAACGGUAUACAAGAUAAUAUACAGGAUUCCUCUAUCACAAAAAAAAAAAAUUUGGCAACGCUUGCAGACAGCAUAUGAACCCGCCCUGUUGCCAAAACAGAUGUUUUUUUUAAAUUCUGAACUAUUGCACCUAAGAAGGUUAUUGGGGCUUGAUUAAUGAUAACAAUGCUGCCAAAUUUACAUUAUUUUUCACAAAUUGUAGGUAAUAUCUGAAAACUAGUAAGUUUGAAUCAACUUAAUAUCGUAACAGCACUUAGAACCGUGUUGUUGCCAAAACCAAUAAAUUUUAAAACAUUCGGCAAUAACGCAGCUUUUUAUGCUGACUGCAAGCAAUCGGCUAAGGUUAUAAAAUGAGAGUUGCCAAUGCAGUAUAUCGUCGUUGUCACGGCAAUAUCUGCUAUGUGAAAAAACUUGUUUUUGUAGUAGAAAGGGAAAACUAGACCCUUGUGACAAUUAUAAGUUUAAAAUUUUAUUAAGGUAAUGGAAUUUUGGCAGAACCAUUUCAGAAUAUAUUGUGAUAGUAAAAAACAGAAAAUAUAGUAGGGUUUUUUGAUAGUUUGUAAAAAUUGUAAAGUUUGUAAAAAAACGUUGCUUACACAUAGCAGGUAUUGAUUGUCAUUACUAUAUACAUAGCAGAUGUUGGCAGUUGACUUUUUAAACAUGUCAUAUUUUGGGUUUUUACCAAGAUGCACAUAGCUGGUAUUUCUCAAUAAAAAUUAAAAGAAAGCAAUAAAAAGAGUUUAGAAACCAGUUUAUUAUUUCAAAAUUACAUUGUAAUUAUUAGAGGUAUGAUGUAAUACAUACAUAGAUAGUAUUUAAAGAUGCGGCAGAGAAUCAUAAAAGGCAUGAUAAUCAUGUUCGAUUACUUUUUUUAGUUCUUGCAAGUGUUCAAAUUGUUGCUUUGUUAUUUUUAUUGGAGCUAAAUGUAGUUGCUGCGGUUCAGACGAAAGCUCUGUAGAUUGUAGUUUAUUGCGACUUUGACGAGGUUUUUUUUGAAUUCAAUCUAAUCAUCGCUGUGAUUCAAUUUGUACUUCAUGAUGCCGGAUGGCAAAUAUAAUAGUCCACGUAUAUCUGUUACUUUUGCGUCUCUUCCAGGUUUUAUUGAACCAAAACUGCCUUUAACAUUAUCGUAUUUUUUAAAAAAAGUAAAGUUUAAGUUAUGUACCCUGUAUGGAUGAUGGUCUCUUGCCUGCCUCAUUCGACUGAUAUAGUCACAUGGCGCAUAAAUUGAGGGCUUAAAGUAUGCCUCAAGCGAGGAAUGAACUGAGUCAGCCUCCAUCAUUGUAUGCCCACCUUCUAAGAUGAGCUGCUCUAUGGUAAUAUUUAAAUUUUUUGCUAAAUUAUUAAGGGCACUAGAAAUAAUCUUAUUGCGGUUCUGAUACCCGCAACCAUCGGAUAUCAGAACAACAUGCUUGUAAGUUUUCUCUUGAAUAGCAUUUUCGAUGUAAUGAACAAUGCACGUUGUAAAUUCGUUUGAAGUUACACCGCCAUUGCUUUCGUGCCAAACAUAAAGAUCCACACUUUUGUCGUUAAGUGCGUAAACUGUAAAAUUAUGGAUUUGCAAUUUCUUUUUGUAAUAUACUGCAGACGCUUCCAGCUUUGGCGCCAAAAGGACACUUUGCAAGUCCAUUGUUACAAUUAGCUUUUCAUUCGAGGCAGAUUCUUUUGCGCUUUUUUUAGCUUGCUCAGCCUCGUUUUUCUUCCUUAAGUGGUCAUUUUAUACAUUUUCUGGGACAUUACCUGUAUUCCACGAGCAACAUAGAUCACAUUGAUCCUUCCUAGGUUUGUGAAUAGCAAUUUUCUCAGAUUUUAAGAUAUUUGUAAAGAGUGUACGUGAUACUGGUUUUGUGUUCUUUUCUGUGCAAAAAUUAACGUACACUUUAUAAAUAUGGAGGGUUGAUUUAAAUACAGAUUCAAGGUACAUUUCUGUAGAAGAGCUCCGACAAUAAUGGCUCGGGACCUUCGGUAAAUCUUUCAACCACUGACGGGCUUGCAUUUUCAUAUAUUUUGUUACAUUUGAUUUAGCCUGAUUUGCAACAUAAUUUUCAUCCGAGUUUUCUUCACUGUCUAUAUCUUCUCGGUUAUUGCUUGAGUCUUCGGUUUGAUGAAAAUUGCUGGCUCAUCGUUCAAACAUAUUUCGUCCCAAAUUGAAAGUAUGAAGUAGCAUUGUUCUGCAUACUAACACUUUUUCACCUGAAACAACAGAACGAAUAAGAAAUGGUUAUUUUACUAAAAUAAACAAGAUGUUACCAGUUUCUAGUGGGAGAUAACAAGAAUGAGACUGUUUUUUGCGAUUGUCUGUUUUAUUGCUAUUUUCUUUUCUCCUUCUUUUUAUAUCUGGUCGAAACUAAACCUUUAAGGUAAGAUUUUCUUGAAACCCAGCUUGGCAAACUCCAAAAAUAAUCGAAUGCUUUCUUUCUUAGUUCUUCCGUUAUUUGAUGACACAGAAAACUCUUGCUUGUCUUUUUUCUAGAUGUUUCACUAUGAAAGCAUCUACAUUUCAUAUCUCUUCUUCCUUACUUUGUCAUGCCUUAUAAUUCCUUUUUUUGACCGAGUGUACCCUAUGUAGCUCUCACCUCUCAGUCUUUUUAACUUAGUUACUUCUCGGGAUUUUUGCAGCUUGUUUAUGGUGCUACUAGCUUCUGCAAGAAUUUCCCUCUCAUUUAGCAAAUCAUGAUUUUCUUCUUCCAAAAUUUCUAUUUCUACUUCGCCCUCAACGUCAUGAUUAAUAUUUUCGUCAUGUCCUGAGUAGUCUAAUACUUCUUUGUCAUUAAUUUGGAUUAUUAGGUUCUGACUUUUCAUUUCAUGUAGUACAUCAGGAGACAACAUAAAAUUUUCAUUAACUGGGACCUCAAAUAAUACAGUCGGUUGAGCAUCUGCAUUGACUACCUCAGAAGUUGUUUCAUGUACAUCUAUAACAUAAAAACAUAAUAACAAUGUACUAAUGUAAAGUUAAUAAUUAUCUUUAAUUUGACAAUAACGUAGGAGAAUAGCAGAUACAUAAUUUUUAAAUUUGUUGUCUUUUAUAUUGCAAUUUAUAUCUACAAAAACACCAACAAAUUAAUACUUACGUAUAGUUAAUUCUUCAGGGUUAGAUUUAUUAAGGUUCUUUGAUAAUAGUUUGCGUAAUGGUUCAUUGUCAUCCGAUAAAUUUUCAUGAGCAGCUGCUUGAGACUGGCAACUACUCUCAUAGUUAGGGCCCUUGAUUCUUAAUAAUUUUCUUAGAGGUUCAUUAUCAUCUUCUGAAUCCGAUAAAUCGUCAUAAGCAGUUAAAAGCCUUACUAGUUGAUGCUUUAAAGAGAAGACCCAAAAACCAAAUUAUUUAAAAGCAACAAAAUAACUAAACAUCCAACUUAGCAGAAUUGCGGUAAUUAUCUUUUAAAGCCAUUUUUACCAUGAAUUUUCCACGAGAACACAUUUUUUAUUUGUUUAAUCGCGAAACACAACAACACAAAUUAAAUCCCAACCUAAAUAUUGUUAUUAAACUAAAUAAAAUAAUGAACUUGCCUUUUUGAGGUUAUGUAAUAUCUGCUAUGUGACAAUUUUUUUCCAGUCACAUGGUAAAUUCUUGGCAGAAAUUUAUGUCAUGUGUUGGUCUUAGCACAUAGCAUUAAUUACAAUUUAGUGCUUCACAUAGCAUAUAUAAAAUUACUGUAUUUGCCGGUCUUCUGUAGAGAAAUAUGCACAUGGCAUAGUUUCGUUCUAUAGAAAACAUAGCGUAUAUUUCUAUGUGGCAAAUAGGUCAAAUUGGCCAAAAAUUCACAUAGCAGAUAUUGCAGUGACAACGACGAUAUACAAGUUGUUUCUUUUUAGAAAAUAUACGGGAAAAAUGACAACAAAGCCAAAAAGUAAAGUAAGCUAGUAAACCGCACGUAGAACCGCGAUGUUUCUAAAACAGGUAGUUUUUGAUAAUUUCACAGUGACUACGCGGGGGUGUAAUGAUAUCAAUGUUGCCAAAUUUCUGAAAAAUACUAAAUUUAUAUAUUUUUCAUGGAACACCUUGUAUACACGGUAUUACCAUUUUUUCACAUAUUGUAGGUAAUUUCUGAAAAAUGGUAAACUUAAAUCUUCUUAGAACUGCACACACAAUUGCGCUGUUGCUAAAACGGAUAAAAUCCGCCAUCAAAACAAAACAUUUGGCAACUACAUUGUUCUCUAUGCUGUCAACAAACCAUCCUUUGAGGUUAUGCGUUGACACUGGACAGAUUCUGUCAAUCACUUCAUAAACUGAUGUUGUCACAUUAAAGUUCAAACUUCAUUAGUCCUAAGAGUGUUUUAUUUAGAAUUGUUUGGCAUGCAUUCAAAAAUUUUCUAUGCGAGUAAUGCCAUUUAAAAAAAAAAUAACAGAAAAUUUGACAAACAACGCCAAGAAGGCUUAUAAACAGCACAUAGAACCACGACAAGUUAAGUAGUUAACAUUUCUCAUUAACAAUAAUUGUAUCAAAAAACAUAAUUUUUGAAAUUCAUUAUUUUUAUAUAAUUUCAGAUUAAGUAUCUUUAUAAAUCAAGGAAGCUUUUUGAUUUUUAAGCCUCACCUUUUCUUUAUAAAAUUAUUUCCUUAAUUUUUUUUGGUUUUUUAAUACCCUGGUUUUUGGUGGGUCUUAAAUUAUCAAUAUUGUCUUACUCAUUUAAUUAAUUUUGUCAAUUUUAUACUUUCUGCAUAUCAAAUAAUGAUAUAUUUAAAAAACUUGACUUCUUGAAAACUAGAUUGGGUUUGAACGUAGCAAUUGGCAACAAAGCAGUUCAUUAUGCUGUGUACAAGCCACCCUUUAAGGGUGUUGUUACAUGUAAAGUUAGGGACAACCGAUGUUUUUUAGGGUAUUUUAUUUUGCAACCCUUUAAUCAUUAUUAUGGUUCAUAUAAGGAUUUCAGGAUGAUCCAAUUUGAUCAUCCAUACAUAUAGUAUGUCUUAUCAGCUUUAAUUUUGUAAUACUAAUGCCACAACAAUCACACAAAUACUCAACUCUAUUCUAGCAGCUAUAUUAAGCUUAUGAUUAAGUUCUAUUCAUACAGGAUGUUUCUUUAGGGCCAAACUACUUAAAUUUUACAUGAGGAUUUUCUGUUUGUUUAAAGUUUUUCACUCUGUAGCAGCUGGUCAACCUCUAAUGCAACACCCUGUAGAUUGUUUCUUACUGUCAGUGUAAAAAGUUAUUGUAUUAUAUCAACGUUCAUAUCUUUUAAUUUGAGCUACAGACCGGUUCGCUCUGUAGUGUCCAAAGAAUUUCUUAUAAUGUAUUUUAGGUAACAAAUUCAUAUCAAUUUAUUUAUCAAUUGUCAACUUUAUCGCAGUCCCAUUAUUAUUCUCCUUAUCGUAUUUCAUUUUUUUAUUUAUGUAUAUAUAAUAUCCGUUAUGUACUUUGUAUGUGACUUAAGCAAUAUAUUUAGUUUAAUUAUU